CUGUACAGCCACCUCCCCAGAAAAUGGGCUGCCUGGCUUUCCAGAGAUGAUCAGGUUCCUACCACACAGAUGUCACUGUUCCUGCAGGAGCACUGCUGCAGGACCAGCAGAGGUGGAGAGCCCUGCCUGGGACUGAUCUGGAUUUCUGCCUGGAGUAGCAAGGGAGCUGACUGCUGACAUGGAGGAAGGACCUUCUUGUCUUCAAACAGUAGCUGAAGGAGAAGGCAAUUCCAAGAACCAUGAUGUCCCUGGGUGUCAGUAAAGGACGGGCCAUCCCCCCCACGGAUGAAGACCGCAGGAGGAUCAUUAGGCAGAUGAAGGUUCGCACCACCCUGAAGGGAGACAAGAGCUGGAUCCACCACCAUAACUCAGACUCUGAGGAGGAGAAGAAGAGCAGCCCUCUGUCCAGACAGGCUGGAGGGGGGUCCCCAGCCUCAACACCCACUGCUCCCCAGAGUGACAGGUCUCCUGCCUCCAAGCCUCAACCCGGUUACCUCAUCAGGGGGGUGUUCACAAGGACCAUUGAUAAGACCCCUUCUGUGCCAGAUCCUUCACCUUCCAAUGACCAAAAAAGCACUGCCACCAAGGGGCUCAGAUCCUCCUCUGGAUACAGGAUGACCACUGAGGACUACAAGAAACUAGCUCCAUAUAAUGUCAGGCAAAAAUCUGUGGACUUGGAAGAGGAGGAUGCACCUUUUUCUCCAGAUGAGCACAAAAAGAGGACAGAGGCAGCCAACAGUGUCCUGAGGAGCACAGCCAGCAGGGAACGGGCUUAUGUCCUCUCAGCAGCCAAGAAAAGCAACGGCAGCCCGACACAAGACUUUCCACCCUUGUUUGCCAAGAGAAUUGAGAUAGAAGAAGAGGAAGGACAGCAGAGGAGGAGUCCCACUGUGUCUGGUUCGUGCAGGUUUACACCAGAUGACAACAGUACUAAUGGGCUAAGAAAAAACACCUCUGGGUCGUCCUGGAAUGAGCCAAAGGCAACAGCAGCAUCUCCCUCCAGCCCUGAAACAGGCAGUAAGAGCCAAACCACCACAUCCCUGGGCACAUCUUCAGAGAGAAUCUCCACUUCUACUGAGACCAGAAAUGGUGACAACAGAGCAGCCCCCAGCAGGAGAGCCUCGUCUGAGACGGUGUCACCGCAUGGGGAUGGUGACAAACCUCUCAAGGAAAAGCCUGAGCUGUUCCCGUGGGAUGGACUGGCUCCCAGAGCAGCUGUGGUCUCCAGGAAUGGAAGUUAUCCUGAACACACAGAAGCCAACAGUGGAUUUUACCCACCAAGGGACAGACCUGGAGAGGCUACAGACCAGCUGCACGAGACCUCUGGCUGCCUGGAUGAUGCCAAGUUUGAAGCUGCAAGGUCUAGCUUGCUGUCUGAUGGCCCUUCUCCUCCUGCUGAACAAGCCCCUGUGCACCUGGAGAACACAGAAUAUUCCUUUAAAAGGUCUGUCCUGGGCUACGAGGAGAGAAGCAGCAGCCAGGAGGGCAGGCACAGGAGUCCUGGGGUCCCAGCACACAGCAAACCUUGCUGGAGUGGAGAGAUGUCUUCCCAAGAUUUCAAAGAGGGGAACACCCCCAGGGAAAGGGGGCAUGAGAGCACGUGGGCCUCAGAUGACCACAAACCAGAGCUGAUCCGAGGGCUUUCAGACUCAACCAACCAUAGUGAGAAAGGACAAGAACCUCCUGACCAUAAUGUCCACCCAGAGCCUCCCAGGCUGAAGGAACACACUGAACAUGAAUCCAGCAUGACUAGAUCCAGCUCUCCACCCAGGGAAAGCAGCAUCCCUGCUCCAAAGACCCAGCAUGGGGAUGAACCUGAGCCAGUCUGGGACAGGGUCACUCCAGCUUGUGCAGAACAAACCCACCCCACCCCAGAGAGUCACCAUGAGAGCCCGGGAGGCUGGAGACUGGAUGAGCCCAGCAGGUCUAACUUCAGCUCAACAGAGAGUGUGGUUGGUGGGUACGAGAGCCCAGCGCAGGGCAGGGACCGCCCGCCCGCCCCCAGCCACAGGAUCCCCUCCUACCUGGACAGCCAAGUGUUCAGCACCAGGAGACCUACCCCAGAUUAUGAAGGGAGAGGCUUUGAUGGGAGAAGCAGCCCCAGGAACAGCAGGUAUGACAGCACCAGCACCUGGCUGCACGGAGAGCUGAACCCCUCGGCCGGGCGCCACGACUCCCUUCACAGAGACACCAUCAUGUCCAUCUCCCAGAGAAGCCACAGGGUGCCAUUCUACAUGGACAGCUUAAACUAUAACAACAACAGGCUCCUCUCCAGCUCGAGUGAGAGGAUCUGCAGCCCAGGUGCCACCUUCCCACACAGCAGCCCAGCAGCCCCUGGGUACCAGCCUGACUCCAGCACUGCCGGGAAAGGGGUCCUCUUUGUGAAGGAGUACGUGAACAGCAGUGGGCUGCCAGCUUCCCUGCGCUACGGCAGUGGCAGCCUUGUGGAUUUGACCAAUUUGGAGCGAGCGACCUACAACCACCACAGCUACCUGGGCAGCCCUGCCCUGCAGAGGUCCAGUGAACCUCCUUGCAGCUACUGCGGCCGUGAGAUCCGAGACUGCCCCAAGAUCAUCAUAGAGCAUCUCAACAUCUACUGCCACGAGUACUGCUUCAGGUGUGGGAUUUGCCACAAAGCAAUGGGAGAUCUUCUGGAUAAAAUAUUCAUCCACCGGGACAUUGUCCACUGUGACAAGUGCUACGAGAAGCUCUUCUAGGGUUUUGCCAAGCUGGAGAAGGCAGCCAGUGGAAAGUCCUCAGCACACGCAUCAACCUUCAGCUAGCAGUUCCUGACUGGCCAGGAUAGCUGGAUCCCUGCUCGCCCUUUCCUCAAGUUCUUUUCCCUCUCACUGCCUGAUGACAAUGACUGAGUUUAACACCCUCUAGUUGAUGCUGUCAGCUUCGUGCAAGUCAAGUGCCAAGGGUGACAAGAUAAGGCAGUGCCCUCCACAGAAGAUCAGUGGGCUGAUUUUCCAAAGGUGCUGAGCCUCUCUGCCUGUCUUCAGCUUCAUUAGGAUUCCAGAGUGCUCCCUGAGUUGGAAGUCAGGCAGAGCUCCUUAGGUCUGUCUCAUCUAAUGAAGAGAAACCUUUUCUGAUUAUUAUUAUUACUAUUAUUUUCUCCUUUUGUUUCUGCAGUCAGGCUGCAGCUUGGUGAGUGUGAGCUGGCACACAGCAAGCAGAUACCAGAGUGUUAAAACACUAAAUUUGGCUUCUUGGGAGGGUUUGAAUUUAGUUGUUAGCAAAAGCCUAUUUCUGCUUCUCUCAGCCCCAAAUUCUGCCUAGAAAUAGCUCCUGCCUGAUUUCCAUUUGCUUUCCAUGGGCUUUCAGGAGCACUUGCAGACUCGCCUUGCUCUAAUUGUGUGUCAGCUUUAAUUUCCCUUUCCUGCCUACUCCCUGGUGGGUUGCUGCAGCAGCAGCAUGUGUGUCUGCUGCCUGCCUGGGGAGAUAACACCCGCUUUCACCUGGCACUUUAACUUGGCCUCUGAUGGUAGGUGUCUCCUGGCCACACAAAAUGUGCCAGCGAAGAGGGAUCUCAAUUGCCCCUCCUGACAAGGAGCACUCCUUGGCUGAGAUCUGACUUUCCCCCUCCUCUCCAAGGCUGCCCUAAUGCCUCUCUUUUUGCUGUAAAUUAUUUUCCUCACAAAUGCUCACUCACAAAAGUGAACUUCCAGCAGAUGCUGUACUUACUGAAAGCCAGAAUCACAUCACUUUAGCCAUUAAUUCAGAUAUGGAGAAGCUGAACACACUAAAACCUGAAAAUCAGCCUUGGUGCCUUAAAAGUGCAGCUCUGAACGUGUCCACAGCUACUGUUUUGUCUCUGAAAGCUUCAGGAAUGUCUGCAGAGCACCCACGGCAGUUCUUACACGGAAAUAGGUGAUGGCCAAAGCUGUUGUUAGCCGGGUGGCUCUCAGUGCCCCCCGUGGUGGGAGCUGCCAUGCAUGCACCAGCUUGGCAGGGCAGUGUUUUGCAGCACAAGUGCAACUUUGCUUUUCUUCAGGCCACGGUACCAGUUACUUAACCCAGCUCUACCUAGGCAUGGCCUCGGGAGCGACUCCACGAGGGGAACUGCAGCUGAAAGCAAUAACAACUCUGCAAACUUCAGGCUGAGACCUUCAGGCUGUGCCUGGAACAGGGGGGUUUAUUGGGCAGCUCCAUUCUGUGGGACAGCCAGGGGACCAGCGGCCCCUGGAGACCCCCCAGUCACAAAGGCUGCCUGCACUUCGAAGUCAUCCAGAUGCUGAAGAGGGUCACGAAGCAUCUCCUCUCCCCAGGCUGCUCAUUUCUGAAAGCCCCAGGCAGGGGUUCCUGGCCGGUGCCUGUCGCAGAGGCGGGGCAGGGCUGGGGCAGCAGCUGCGACACGGCUCGUUCUGCCACGGUCAGAGGGGGUGGUUUAAAACAAGGAGCAGACGGGCCUGUUCACACAGGUGUGCUCUGAGGGUCUGCAGGAACAGCCUGUUCGCAGACUGGAGUUCCUGAUGGGUGCGUGGCCUUACGGGGAGCAGGAUGUGUCUGUCAGGCGCGCUGUCCCAGCUCUGCCCUGCGCUGCCUCUCGCCCUUGUUGAACAUAAGCUCAAUAAACAGCCCCAGCUCGCGUG